GCUUCACCGCCCCUACAGAGAAGGACAAACCCCACACAGUGCCCCAGAAGUGAGAGCUCAGAGCGAUGAAGCUGUUGGUGCCUCUCCUGCUGGUCACUCUGGCCAUCUGCUUCUAUCAGGCUGAAGCAGUGGUCUGUCCAGCCUUCUUAAAAGAAAGCACACUCUUCUUAUUUUCUCCGGAAUCUGUGCUACGACUUUCACUUUCCAAAUACGAUGCACCUCAGGAAGCUAUUGAUGCAAAGGUUGAAAUACAGAAAUGCACGGAUGAGAUGUCCUUCGCAGACAAAACAAUCAUUGCAAAAAUACUGACAAAAGUGACUGUGAAGUGUGGCUUGUGAAAAGUGGACAUCAUUUGAUCGUGGUUUCAUUGUCUUUCCCAGGCAGUCUGCUCUUAGUGCAACAUGUAAAGGUUUCAAUGUCUUGCUUUAAUAAAUUACUUUCCCUGCA